CGUCUACAGGAGAUGGAGGCGGUGAGUAGUGAACGUUGGAGAGGUCCUUGACGUACCAGUACAGACAAGGAAGUGAUCGCUAAACCCGAGCAGACAAUACUAAAUCUAAACGGCGCCAUAGACACAUCAAAGAUCGAUCUCGCGACGGCCUUUUUCGACACAGAAUGAAUUCCGCCGGCUCUUCGACUGCGGGUCGAGGCCUACUGUCGGCAUAUCAUGAACGGGAUAACGAUGACGCUGGCUUGCUUCGACCGAUAACUGGGGAAACUACACGAUCUCGCUGGGGGUCGGAACCGACAGCGAUUGGGGCUGGAAGCAGGAGGGGGAGUUUAUUUGAUCUGGUCGAGGAGGACAAACAACUCGGAUUAAUCAAGCGACCGGAGGAUAUCCGGUCCAUGGACGACUUGGUGCAAGUUAGGAACCAGCGAACCAAAGGAGAAGAGUAUCUCCGUUCUGCAUUGUCGUUGAUUGGAACGCUUGCGACGGAUAUCACCCGCAGGCUCGACUAUACGUACUACGGCCUCUUGGAGAAGAUCGCGGCGCUCAACGUGACGAUAUCCUCCUUCCAAGAACUGUCAGAUUCUACGACCAAGCUCUUCCAUGACUUUCAGCAUGAGACGACUAGCUUGGAGCAAGAUAUCCGGAAACAAGUCACCGACCUCAAGGAGUUUCAGCCGCAGACGGAACGAAUCGAGGCCUUGGAAGAACGGAUGAGGGCCGGCAAAGCUAGGGCGGGGGCUCUCAGUAGUAGGCUUGAGGCGAUGCGAGAUGAGAUCGAACAAUGGGAGAAGAGGGAGCUGGAAUCCCAGAAGCGGAUCAACCAAAGUCUGCGCGUUUUCUGGGGGGUUAUUGCUGCUGGGAUACUUGCAAUUGUGAUUGCUGCGGUGAUUCAGAAUCGGCCGGUCGAAGAGCCAUCAAGUCCAACAUUACCUUUGAAAGCCGUGAGGUCGGCAAACCAUCUUCCUUGGGCUCAGAAAGACGCCGCUGGGACUUCACACAUCGAGCAUGUACAAUCUCCUGCAUUAUCUGAUAUUGAUACCCGCCAAGGACCUACCGAGUAUGACCGGCUGCGAAUCUUCGACGAACUAUGAAACAGCAUGUUUCUUGUAACACC